AUGAUCUUCUCCAACGUGAUCGGAGCACUGACGUCGGAUUCGAACACUCUGUGGAUGGCGUUGCUAUCACUCGUGGUCCUCGGUGUGUACUAUUUAUUCUCCGACAGAUUUUCUGAAAACCGAGGACGACAGAUUUCACUGUUGCCGUCGGUCACGAGAAGCCAAUGGACCUCAUUGAUUCUGUCGCUAAAACUCGCUAGUUUUGGACCAAGAGAUAUUUUGCCGUAUUUCGACAACAUUAUCAAAAAGUAUGGGUCGCUGAUCCACCUCAAAAUCAUAGCACGUCAUUAUAUCAUCAUAAACGAUCCGGACGAUAUAAAGGUACUACUGUCGAGCGUACAGCAUAUUACGAAAGGUCCCGAUUAUGAGAUGCUUGAACCGUGGUUGAACAAAGGGCUACUGACCAGCACUGAUCAAAAAUGGCAUUCUAGGAGGAAACUGUUGACCAACACUUUUCAUUUUAAAAUAUUGGAAACUUACGUGCCGUCGCUAAAUAAGCACUCCCGUUCGUUGGUCAAAAAUCUCAUAAACGCAUCAGACAACGGGAAAUCCAUAGCUGAUAUCGACUCCCAUGUAACUCUCUGUGCUUUGGACAUUGUGUGUGAAACAAUUAUGGGUGUAAAUUUGAGAACUCAAGAGGGUAAAUCGAUGAAUUACGUUAAAGCAAUCAAAAAUGUCAGCCAGAUACUAAUCAAACGUAUAUUCACGUUUUGGUAUUGGAACGAAAUCGUUUUCAACCUUAGUAGCAUUGGCAGAGAAUUUCGUAAAUCAUUAAAGUUAUUACACGAUUUCACCGAAAAUGUCAUACGGGAGAGACGAAAAAUACUAGAAAACGUAGAACAAAAGAAGCCCGAUGAAAAUGGAAAGAAACGGAUAUAUUCGUUUUUGGAUCUUCUUGUCGGUGUUUCCAAAGAAAAUCCUGGUGCGAUGACUGAUAAAGAUAUACGAGAAGAAGUGGAUACGUUUCUUUUCGAAGGUCACGACACGUCUUCAAUAGCCAUGACCAUGGCUAUAAUUCAUUUGGGGCUCGAUCAAAACAUGCAAAAUUCGGUCAGAGACGAGCUUUACGAAAUAUUCGGCGACAGUGACCGGGACGCAACAAUGGAAGACCUCAAAGCGAUGACAAAUUUAGAAAGAGUGAUAAAAGAGACAAUGAGACUUUAUCCGAGCGUGACGGGUAUCACGAGAACCCUCAAAGAGCCGCUCCACCUCAACAAGUAUACUAUCCCUUCUAAAUCGGUGAUGGUCGUCGUCCCUCACCUGUUGCACCGUGACGAAAACAUCUAUCCCAAUCCGGAACAGUUCGAUCCUGAUCGGUUUUUGCCCGAACAGUGCAAUGGACGCCACCCUUACGCGUACAUACCGUUCAGCGCCGGCCCCAGAAAUUGCAUAGGUCAAAAGUUUGCCAUGUACCAGAUGAAAACAGUAUUGUCCACGAUCUUGAGGUAUACAAUUGUUGAGACGUUGGGGACGCAGAAGAGCAUCGUUAUCAGCACACAGUUGAUAAUGAGAGCGGAUUACUUGCCGAGCGUGAAAAUAACGCCAAUCACAAAUAUCGCACGUCAUAUUAUACUAUAA